CUUUUGCUAUACACAUGCUCUGUCAACAAUAUAACCUACAACUGCGAAUUGCCUAUGCCUCGCAUUUGUAUGCUCUGCCGAUGGCCAUCUAAGCUACGUAGACGAGCACGGCGCUCGCGGAUGUUGACAAUGAUCAUCCUCAUCUCGGUCAUAUGCAUCCUGGUCACCCCCUUAUACAUCAUAUAUAAGCCACCGAACGUCUUAAUACGGUAUUUCCAGUACCGCUGGCCCGAUGUUCUUUGGCGUGUCCCGACAUCAUCCAAAAUGAUCGCGCUUACGAUCGAUGAUGCGCCUUCAAAGCACACGGCGGAAAUUAUGGAGAUCCUCAAGGAAAACGACGCGAGGGCAACGUUCUUUGUCAUAGGCUCGCAGGUAGAAGGGCGUGAAGAGAGGCUGAGAGAUUUGGUGCGCAAUGGAAACGAGCUGGGCAACCACGCGAUGCACGAUGAGCCCUCUCGCGCGCUGAGCGACCAAACGCUAGUCGCUGAGAUCAAGGCUGUUGAGGAGAUGGUUCUCGAGGCAUAUACAGCUGCCAGCGUUGACACCCCUCCAAAGUAUUUCCGGCCUGGCUCUGGAUUUUUCAGCGAGCGGAUGCGUGAGACCCUGGGAGGGUUGGGUUACAGGCUGGUCCUGGGCAGCAUUUACCCUCACGAUCCUCAGAUCUCAUCCUGGAGGAUUAAUGCGAGACAUAUUCUGAGCAUGCUACGACCGGGUGGGAUUAUUAUUUGUCACGAUAGGCGAAGCUGGACUGUGCCUAUGCUCCGAAAGGUGCUUCCUGAAAUGCGGCGGAGAGGAUAUCAAAUUGUCACCGUCUCGGAGCUCCUGGAGGCGAGGAUUUGACGUCAUCGCAACUCUUGUCACUGUGGGCUUAACAACAUUUUAUGUUGCCGCAUGUGUUCGCAAACAUCCGCAGAGCCUCCCAAUAUAUGGUACAUAUCUAUGCCGGUGUCCUGUUUGUGUACUGACCCCAGAAGUUGGCGAUAUAUAAAAAAUAUUGAUGGAGACAUUAUUGCCGAUGGAGGCUCGACGUCCUACCGUAAGCUGGACGCCAGGAACGCACAUACGGGACAUCAAUGUUUGAACUGUACCGAUAUAUUUUAUGGCAGGAUGAUUGCAACCACGGCAACAUUGUACAGUACAAUAAUUAUGUAUUAUGAUAGCUAAACUUUGUUUUGGAAG